GAUCAUUCAUGUUUAUGAGUAUUGAUCUUGUCUCCAUUUGUUCCUCUUCGUCUUCUUAUCACUAUGGGAAACACAUCAAAGAAGCCAGAGUUCGUUUUUGUGCCUGGAGCGUGGCAUAGUCCAGAAUCUUUUAAACCCACUACAGAUAUUCUUGUAGCGAAGGGUUAUAAAGUUCACGGUAUUUCCCUAAAGUCUGUGGGUGCAUCUCCUCACCUCGAAGAUUUCCAGCCAGAUGUCGAAACAAUCAGGAACAAAAUCGACUUUCUCCUUUCCACAUCCACGCCCCUGAUUCUCGUCUGCCACUCUUACGGUGGAGUAAUCGGCUCAUCAGCCCUAGACACAUAUAUCGCUGCCCUCCCUUCUUCAACCACCCCCUUCUCUUCUACUGGCCUCAUCCGCCACCUAAUUUACAUCUCAGCCUUCUGUCUUCCCAAAUCCAAGUCUUUGAUGAGCGUCCUAAAUCAUGAACCCGCUCCGUGGCUUUCCAUUUCCCCAGAUUCUAGAGCUGUUACUUGUUCGGAUCCUUAUGAAAUCUUCUAUAACGAUGUUUCUAGAAAUGACGCACAAAAAUAUGUGGAAAUGUUGAAGGAACACAGUUAUAAGACCUUUGAUUCGCCAGUGACUGCGGAGCCAUGGAGAUACAUACCGAGUACGUAUGUCGUCUGUGAAGAAGAUAAGGCGAUUCCUUUGGAAGCGCAGUUGGAGAUGGUUAGGGGAGCACAAGAAAUUGCUGAGGGGAGCUUCGGCACGAUUGAACGUACGAAUGCCGGCCACAGCCCAUUUAUAAGCCAACCGGAAUGGCUGGCUGAAAAAUUAAUGAAAGCCGCUGAUGGUCCUAUUUGAUAGAUGUAUAUGGAGCUUUAGACAAGUAAUUUGGUCCCAUUCUCGAAAUAUAGCCACAAGAGGUGAAGAAGCAAAUUUUGGGGAAUUAUGUUGGAAUUCGGAGUUUGUGAUAUGAAGUUGAGAUUUGGCAUUUUCGUUUGACAAUAUGUUGUGAAUAUGAGAGAUGAUGAUUGAAUGUUUCCUUAUGGUGCAGUGUACGUGUACCAGCACGCCAGCUCAAGAACAUAAGUAGUGUCCAUGAACUAGACAAUGACCGUUCUCCAUGCAAGCGAAAUCAAUGACCGGAAACCAGUACCUUCA